AGUGGUGCAUUUCAUACGGGGUCUUUUUCUUUCUUCCUAGUUCCUCCUCUGUCCCCAGUCUGUUCAGAAAAAAGGCUUCAAGCUUUGGCUGCUUUUGUUUUUCCUGAACGAUGGGAAAGAAAACGAAGAAACCCGGAAAAGGCAAAGAGAAAACGGUGAGGAAAACUGCGAAAGCAGAGGAAAAGAGAGCUCGUAGAGACACCAAGAAGCUCUCUCCCGAGGAUGAUAUCGAUGCCAUUUUGUUGAGUAUUCAAAAAGAGGAAGCUAAGAAGAAAGAAGUGCAUGUUGAGGAAAAUGUCCCAGCUCCAUCACCACGAUCGAACUGUACACUGAACAUUAAUCCCUUGAAAGAUACUGAAUUGAUUCUCUAUGGAGGCGAAUUUUAUAAUGGUAACAAGACAUUUGUUUAUGGUGAUCUUUAUCGGUAUGACAGUGAAAAGCAGGAAUGGAAGUUAAUUUCAAGUCCCAAUAGUCCACCUCCUCGUAGUGCUCACCAGGCAGUUGCUUGGAAGAAUUAUCUCUAUAUCUUUGGUGGUGAGUUUACGUCUCCAAAUCAAGAGAGGUUCCAUCAUUACAAGGACUUUUGGAUGUUGGACCUUAAAACAAAUCAAUGGGAACAACUCAAUUUAAAAGGGUGUCCAAGUCCACGCUCAGGUCAUCGAAUGGUACUAUACAAGCACAAGAUUGUAGUUUUUGGUGGCUUCUAUGACACACUUAGAGAAGUGAGGUAUUACAAUGAUUUGUAUGUAUUUGACCUGGAUCAAUUCAAAUGGCAAGAGAUAAAGCCUAGCCCUGGAGCCAUGUGGCCAAGUGCACGGAGUGGUUUUCAGUUUUUCGUUUACCAAGAUGAGAUUUUCUUAUAUGGUGGUUAUUCCAAAGAAAUGUCAUCUGAUAAUAAUAGCUCUGAGAAAGGAAAUGUUCAUUCUGACAUGUGGUCCCUUGAUCCUAGGACUUGGGAGUGGAACAAGGUGAAGAAGAGUGGGAUGCCUCCUGGACCUCGUGCUGGGUUUUCCAUGUGUGUUCAUAAAAGGCGAGCAGUGCUAUUUGGUGGUGUGGUGGAUAUGGAAGUUAAAGGUGAUGUAAUAAUGAGCUUGUUCUUGAAUGAACUUUACGGAUUCCAAUUAGACAACAAUCGCUGGUACCCAUUAGAACUACGGAAGGAGAAGUCAACGAAUAAGUUAAAAAAGAGUUCUGAACCAAAAUCUAUCGAUGAUGAUAAGAAAAUUUCUACUGAACCAGAGCAACAGUUUGGAAAAGAUGAGAAAUCUGAAAAUGCAGAAGCUGGUCUAGAGGAAAGCAACAUUGAUGAAAUGUCACAAAACAUGGCAGCGAUGGUGACAGUUGAUGACAGUGGGUUAGCUGUCAAACCCAAUGGGUUGAACCAUGAAUCUAGUGUGAAAAUGGACCUACCAAAUUCUGACUUACCAGAGAUAGUGAAGCCCUGUGGACGGAUCAAUUCCUGCAUGGUUGUUGGAAAAGAUACAUUAUAUGUAUAUGGAGGCAUGAUGGAGAUCAAAGAUCGAGAAAUUACCCUUGAUGAUUUGUAUUGUCUGAAUCUCAGCAAACUUGACGAGUGGAAGUGCAUCAUACCGGCAUCCAAGUCUGAGUGGGUGGAGGCGUCAGAGGAUGAGGAUGACGAUGAAGAUGAAGAUGAUAGUGGAGAUGAAGACAAUAGUGAUAGUAACAGUGACGAGAGUGAGGAUGAUGAUGAUGAGGAGAAUGCCAAAGAUGGAUCAGUUCAAAUGGGAGAUGCCGUUGCUUUAAUCAAAGGCGAGGGAAAGAGUCUUCGAAGGAAGGAGAAACGGGCUAGAAUAGAGCAGAUCAGAGCCAACCUGGGUCUUUCAGAUUCUCAAAGAACACCAAUGCCUGGAGAGACCCUUAAAGAUUUCUAUAAACGUACGAACAUGUACUGGCAAAUGGCAGCCCAUGAACAUACUCAACACACUGGAAAGGAGCUUCGUAAGGAUGGCUUUGAUCUUGCUGAAGGGAGGUAUAGGGAGCUUAAACCUAUACUUGAUGAGCUGGCCAUAUUAGAGGCAGAGCAGAAGGCUGAGGAGCAAGAACCUGAAACAAGUUCAAGAAAGAGGGGCAAGAAGAAAAUUAAGCAUUAAGCCUCCUCCCCAUUAGUUUGUUAUUCAGUGUUGAAACCAUGGACUGUAAAUUAAUUUUGUCUCUUAAACACACUUUUAAGUAUGAGUAAGUUUUGAGUAAAAUCUGCGGAUUAUAUAAUUAAAAAAAAAAAAAAGAAGAAGAAGACCAAUUUGGUAA